UUACGUCGCUAUGUUCAGUGAAGUUAGUGUCCGUAAUAAAUAAAUUGAAUAUGGCUGAAAACGAAGGACAUAAACAUCGGGAACGCUAUGACCAUGAGGGAGAAGGAACGGAGCGCACGGUCAACCUCGAGCUUUGACUGGUUCAUUAGGCAUCAAACUUCGUGAGAAUGACCGGGGGAUCCGAGAAGACGUUCGACUCAGGCCACGAGGUGGUCGGAAAGCUAUGCUUGCGUCUGAAUCGUAACGACAUGACAGAGAAGCCGGCGCCGGCACCGCGUGGGCCGCACGGUGUCCAGGUCGUCGACACCGGCCCCGACCAUACGUUCACCCUGGACGAGGAGGCCCUCAAGUCUCUGCUCCUGAAAGAAGAUAUCAGAGACAGAGCCGUGGUCGUUAUAUCAGUUGCCGGAGCCUUCAGGAAAGGAAAGUCCUUCUUAUUGGACUUCUUCCUGAGAUAUAUGCACUAUAAGUACGGCGCAGGCGGCGGCGGGAGCGAGUGGCUCGGUAGCGAGGAGGACCCCCUCCAGGGCUUCAGCUGGCGAGGGGGCUCCGAGAGGGACACGACCGGCAUACUCAUGUGGUCCGAGAUAUUCAAAGCGACGCUCGAUGAUGGUGAAAAGGUAGCGAUAAUAUUGUUAGACACGCAAGGCGCCUUCGACAGUGAAUCCACGGUGCGAGACUGCGCGACCGUGUUCGCUCUGUCCACGAUGCUGUCGUCCGUUCAGAUAUACAACCUCUCGCAAAACAUCCAGGAGGACGACCUCCAGCACCUUCAAUUGUUCACAGAGUACGGUCGGCUGGCGCUCGAGGACGGGGGCCGGACUCCCUUCCAGCGGCUGCAGUUCCUCGUGCGCGACUGGAGCUUCCCCUACGAAGCGCCCUACGGAGCGGACGGCGGCAUGCAGAUACUGUCAAGAAGAUUAAAGGUAUCAGACAAACAGCAUCCAGAGCUGCAGUCCCUCCGCAAGCACAUAACGGCAUGCUUCUCGGAGCUGGCCUGCUUCCUCAUGCCGCACCCGGGACUCAAAGUGGCCACCAACCCACAAUUUGACGGCAGACUUGCAGAUAUCGAAUCGGAGUUCAAACGUUCCCUCCAGCAGUUCGUGCCGAUGCUGCUGGCUCCCGAGAACCUCGUGCCGAAGCUCAUCAACGGUCAGAAGGUCAAGGCCAAGGACCUGGUCCAGUACUUCAAGUCGUACAUGAACAUCUACAAGGGCAACGAACUGCCCGAGCCCAAGAGCAUGCUUGUGGCGACAGCGGAAGCCAACAACUUGACGGCUGUGGCGGAGGCCAAGGAGGUGUACACGCGGCUGAUGGAGGAGGUGUGCGGGGGUGGGCGGCCCUACUUGCACGCCGACCUGCUGCUGACGGAGCACCAGCGCGUGCGGGACAAGGCCAUGUACGCCUUCAACGCCAAGCGGAAGAUGGGCGGCCGGGACUUCAGCCAGGCCUACUUCGACCAACUCGCACAGGACUUGGAGGAGCAGUUCCUGCAGUUCAAGGCGCACAACGAGAGCAAGAACAUCUUCAAGGCGGCCCGGACGCCCUCCGUGUUCUUCGCGGUGGCGCUGUUCUUCUACGUGCUCAGCGGAGUGUUCGGGCUGCUGGGCCUCUACCCGCUCGCCAACGUCGCCAACUUCGCCAUGGGCCUGGCCCUCCUCACGCUCGUGCUCUGGGCAUACAUCAGGUACAGCGGCGAGAUGAGAGAGUUCGGCGUAACUAUAGACGACACUGCGACGGUCAUGUGGGAUAAUGUCCUGAAGCCGAUGUACCAGACGUGCCUCGAGAAGGGCAUGGAGCACGCGGCGGCGGCGGCCGUGGCGCCCCCCUCCCCCGCCCCCGGCGCCGCGCCCCCCGCCUUCGCGCACAACGGGAAGCACAAGCACUUGUGAUGACGCCCCGCGCCGCCAGCGCUCCGCCUGGCCGCCCUGUGAGCCGCGCGCGCUCGCUCCGACACCUCAGUGGGAGGCGUGCCCGCCAAGUGACGUAGCGCCAAGUGACAGUACUCGCCAUGUGUCAAGUGACGUCAUCGAACGCCAU